ACGAUAUUCCGAUAAGGCAAGAAGCCUGAGCGGUGUAUGCGAGUGUAGUGCUGUGGUGUGCUCAGUUUAGCCGAGGCUAGCAUCGGAAGGACGCGCGGUUGGCCGGCCGGCGGCUGCAAUGGCGAGCGCUGCCGCCAACGUCCUCCUCCUCCCUGAGGCCGGCUCCGGCCACCUCAUGUCGCUGAUCGAAGCCGGCAAGCUGCUGCUCGGUCAUGGCGUGGGGGACGCGGGCCGCGCGGUGACCGUCACCGUGCUGGUUGUUCGUCCGGCGACGGCGGAGUCGGCCGCCGAGGUGGACGCGCACGUCGAGCGCGUCGAGGCGUCCGGGAUCGGCGUCCGGUUCCACCGCCUCCCCGCCGUCGAGCCCCCGAUGGACUGGGCCGCCAGCAACGUGCAGGAGUUCAAGUCACGCUUCAUGCAGCUGCAGGCGCCACACGUGAAGGCCGCGGCGGUGGAGCUGGGCGCCGCCGCGCUCGUCGUCGACUUCUUCGCCACCGGCGUGCUUGACGCGGCCCGCGAGAUCGGCGUGCCGACGUACGUCUACUUCACGUCCACGGCGGCGCUGCUCGCGCUGAUGCUGCGGUUGCCGGCGCUGGAGGAGGAGGUCCCCGUCGACUUCGAGGAGUUCGAGGGCACGGUCGACGUCCCCGGCUUGCCGCCGCUGCCCGGCGGUUCCCUUCCUGGGUUCAUGGCGCGAAAGAAGAGCCCGAACUUCACGUGGUUCGUCUACCACGGCCGCCGGUUCAUGGACGCCGACGGCAUCAUCAUCAACACCGUAGCCGAGCUCGAGCCGGGGCCCCUCGCCGCGAUAAACGACGGCCGCUGCGUGCCGGGACGACAGGCGCCGCCGCUGUACCCGAUAGGCCCGGUGCUCGACCUCGAAGCCAAGGAGCCCUCGAACGCCGACUGCGUCCGGUGGCUCAACGCGCAGCCGCCGGGGUCGGUGCUGUUCCUCUGCUUCGGGAGCAUGGGCUGGUUCGACGCCGCGAAGGCGCACGAGGUCGCCGAGGGGCUCGAGCGCAGCGGGCACCGCUUCCUGUGGGCGCUGCGAGGCCCGCCCGCCGCCGGCUCGGUGCACCCGACGGAGGCAGACCUGGGCGAGCUCCUCCCGGAGGGGUUCACGGAGAGGACCAAGGAGAGGGGCCUCGUGUGGCCGAGGUGGGCGCCGCAGAAGGAGAUACUCUCCCACGCCGCCGUCGGCGGCUUCGUGACGCACUGCGGGUGGAACUCGACGCUGGAGAGCCUGUGGCACGGCGUGCCGCUGGUGCCGUGGCCGCUGUACGCGGAGCAGCGCCUGAACGCGUUCGAGCUCGUGUCCGUCGUGGGCGUCGCCGUGCCGCUCCGGGUGGACCGGAGGCGGGACAACUUCGUGGAGGCGGCGGAGCUGGAGCGCGCGGUGAGGUCGCUGAUGGGAGGCGGCGAGGAGGAGGGGGAGGCGGAGGGGAGGAAGGCGAGGGAGAAGGCGGCGGAGAUGAAGGCCGUGUGCCGGAACGCCGUGGCGGAGGGCGGCUCGUCGCACGCCGCGCUGCAGAGGAUGCGCGGUGCAAUUCGGGAAGGUUUGAGUCCUCAUCGUCACCGCUAAAUUGUUGGAUCCAACGGCUGAGGGUGCAGUCCCUCGGCCGCCUUGAAAAUAAUUUCCCGGCUUCAUCUAUUAAUUUGGAUAUAUUAAUUCGCAAGUGUUGAAGUUCUAAUUUGGCUUUUAGAAGUUGUACCAGAAUAAAUUAAAUUGAAACUGGUAUAUCUAUAU